AAGAAAAGAAAAAAAAAUAGAUAUCUAGUCGGCAUCCCUUUCCUGAUAUUUUUUAUGUAAAACCAUGAUGAUCACGUGUCAUGUUCUCAACGUGGUAAUAUAGAAACUGCUACUACAGAUACAUUACAAGUUAUAGAAACUAUGUGGGUGUGAUGAGGAAGACAUGUCUGAGUCAUUUUCAUACAGUUACCCGUGGCUUUGAUUGAUGGUCACAUGUUUGCGGGCUUGGUUCCUAGAACUACGUCAGAUUAAUUGAUCUUCACGAGGGAGGAGAUUUUCACACACUGAAAACGGCGGCUAUAGAUGAAAGGUUACCAAGUAAGCUACUGAAACUUCAUUUGGCUCAGCUAAGUGCUCCGCAGGGCAUUUUGUGUGAAACACCUGCAGUGGUGCGUUGCCCGUUGUUUCGACAUAGGCAGGCACACAGAGGCCACAAAAAGCAACCUUUUAAAAGAAAAGUAAAAAAAAAAAAAAAAUACAUUUCUUAUGAUUUGUUUUAAUCUGGUCAAUAUUGCAGAAUUUUAAUGAAACGAACAGAGUGGACAAUUCUUUACAGAAAAAAAAAAAUCAGUAAAUCACUGUUGAUCCAAAAUAUUAAAAUCCUGAUUAACUCCUAACAAGAUAGGCAAAUAAUUAACAUUUUUAGGAGGUGGAUCACUUUGUUUUUUGUUUUUUUUUUGUUGUUGUUUUUUUGGCAAUCUCUUUUCUUGCCUUUUCUUAACAAGAAAAGGAGAUGAGUCAGUAUUUCUGUAUUUAGCCGAGUGUAAUCAUUUGGGAGCCAGGGAGGCUUGGGUUCUUCUUACUACAAAACUACACAAAAGCACAAACAUAGUUAUUAAAAGAGAAAUACUUCUUGUUGUGCCGUAUUUACUCCACUCAUGAAUUGUGGCCAGGGGCAGAACAAUAUCAUUUAGAGGGCCACACUUUGGAAACGCCUGAUCUAACCCUGUCCAUUGUGGCUCUGGUUGUAUGAUUCUGUUGCAGUCUGUAACAGAUUUUCUUCUGGGAUUGCUCCGCAUUGCUUUGACCAACUUUGACCAGUUUCAGCAUUCUUUCUGAGAAAAUAUCGCCCGCAGGAUGCUUCGUGACGCUAACGCCACUAAGUUGAAUGGAGGGAUGGAGUGUUCAGAUCGCCGUACAGUGCUGGUUUUCUGUUACACUUAAGUUCAGUUUUGUUCUGAUGAAGUGUCAUAUAAGGAUUGGUAGGAAACUUGGUUUGACUGACACGUAGUGGUGGAGAAAACCUUUAAUUUCCCCUUAGAUUUUAGGGAUGCCAGUAUAAAACUGCAGGGCCACAUUAUUAAAGUUUUUUUUUUGCAUUUGAAAAAGACUGUACAUUUGAUAGAUCUGUAUGCCCAAGCCAAUAUAAUGAAAUUUUAUUGGCAACUGUAUGUCCAGUGCAAAAUUGCUGGUCAUAUUUCGCCUGCUUUCUCUUAUGUGACAGAGCAGUGCCAAACUGCUGCGAGUUCUCUCUCUUCGCUCCGCAUUUUUCUUCCACUUGCACAACUGUAAGCUACGUGAUGACUGACUGCACACAUGAAAUCUCAUUAAUAGAUGACAAGAAUCGAGGUUGGAACAUGAAAAAGCGUGAACAGGUCAAAUGGGUGCCUUUUGAGGUUGCUCAUUGUUUGUUAGGGAAAGAAUCCAUCCUGUCAGUUUGAAAUCCAAACAAUUAUUUGUGGAUGUCUUGCAGGUACGCCUGAAAGCGACACCGUGUGUGAACACUGUCCGGAUGGUUAUUUCUCUGCUGGAGGCUCCUCCACGUGUCAGCCGCACAGACUCUGUGCUGAUUACGGCAUGAAGACUCUGCGAUGGGGAACGUCCACUUCAGACAGCCUGUGUGGCUCUCCUGACAUCAAGGACUGCUCCCAGCAUCACACUCUGUGCCACAAUGAUGCGACUCUGUGUGAAGAAGCAGUUUUCCAGUCUCUGGCGUCGCUGCGACUGUCCUCGGUGCCUCUGGAGCGAAUCCUCGAGAAUCUCCCUGGACAGAAGGUUGAUCUCAAGAGCCUGGAGAGGCUGAAGAAGGUGUGCUCUCCUCAGCAGCAGGUCCUGCACCUGCUGAGGCUAUGGAGAGAGCAGAACAAGGACAAGUUGUACGGCAUCAUACAAGGCGUGAACCACUGUGAGCGUAAGGUCUCCCGCUGCAACGCUCUAAAGAACCUGACCGUAGACGACCUCAUGAAAGUGACCAACAGCCUGCCGGGAGUAAAGGUCCAGGAGCAGGAUGUGAAGGCCGUGGUCUCCACCUGCCUGCCCAGGCAGUACCUGCUGCAGAUCCUCCACCUGUGGAAAUCUGCAAACUACAACCUGGAUCUAGCCAAAGGUCUGACUCGUAGCCUGAGGGUGCUGCGCAGCCAGGAAGCGCCGCGGUAUCUCGUCAAAAGCCUCAAGAAAAUCAGCCGCAUCAUAGGGACCACGUCAGCGCACAAGAAGUACGAGAAGAUGUUCAUGAGCAUGUUUCAGGAUGAGUCGUGCUUCAAAGCUCACAAGCAGCUAAACGAAUGAAGUCGUGAGACGCGCAAACAUGAAACUAUGCAGCCGACAGCAUUUCGAAAACACAAAUGCGUUAUCCGACUGAAAACACGUGAAAAGAUACAUACGAAGCAAAAGAACACAGCAGCCGUUGGGCAGAGGAAAACGUCAUUUGUGAGAGAACGGUGUUGGAUGAGGAAAUACCAAGCAAAGCACAUUGAGUACAGAGGAAUAAGGAAUGCAUACAGAACGUAUUUUGUUGCUCUACAAAUAAUCCCACAGGCAAAUGUUGUCAUCCAGGAUCUAAAGUCUCAAUGUGUGUAGGGAUGAAUCUAAUUAGCCUGAAACAGGAAGAAAAGAACCCCCACAGCUAAUGUGUUCUCACAUCUGUUUCCUAGAAAUAUUUUCUUUUUUUUUUUUAACCAGAGUCUGUUAAAAAUUAAGAUCUAGUUAAGAUGUAAACAAGAGGCUGCUUCACAAAAAAACAAAACCAAAAAAAGGCUGAAGAUUCUGAUUUGUACUUAUUAGAGCUUUCUCGCUGUUUGAGAGCAAGAAUUUGAUUUCAUAAUGAAAUACAUUUAUUUUCCUCAGCUGUCCAUUUUCAUUUGUUCUGGAAUGCUACACAGUAAAGCUGGUUUGUUUUACAUUUCUUUUUUUUUUCUUUUUUUUGGUCAGUUAUAUGAAUGUAUAAAGGAGUGCAAUUGAGUGUUUUCUUUAUUUAAAGUGUAAUUUUACUUUCUUAAAGUGUAAAAGCUUGUUUUUAUUAUUUUUUAUCGUAAAUACUGGAUUCUGAAAUGCUGCAAGUCCCUGAAGUGAUAUUUUUUUAUAUUUUGUUUUGUCACUUUUGUAUUGGAAGUGGAUGGUCUGUGUUGUAUAUAUAUAUAUACAUAUGCCUGCCUGUUUCUCUUUAAGCUUGUUUAACUAAGUUGUGAAGAUUUGUAAAACUCUGACGACAGUCAGUUUGUAAAAAAGUCUUGUUUUAUUAUAAAAAAAAAGCAUUGAACAGAAAAAAAUGGCCCGUCUUUGCUUUUCUGUUAUCAACGAAAAUCCUGACCUAAAAUGA